GAGAGAGAGAGAGAGAGAGAGAGAAGUGUGGAAGCAGUUGUAAAGAGUAGACAGUCUCACACUCUCAGAACUUUAUAAAAUCUAGAUAACUCUUGAAAUGCGUCAAAAAGGAGGAAGCUGUAAUUCUUUUUCGAAAUUGGAUUUGUUUUGACGCGUCAAACUUUUUGCAUGACUUUAAAAGUUUUUUUGACCAUCGGGGAUGUGAUGUGUGUGUGUGUGUUCCUUCAGGGGAUGAGUCUCCUGUGCGUUCAGCUGAUGUGUACUGUGGUGGUGUGAGCACGCAGGACUGAGCGCGCUGCGCUGCGCUGCUUUACCGAUGACAAACCCGAUCUAUGUAACGCACGAGCGCUGAACGAGACCGUUUUUUUUUUUUUGCUUUCUGUUGUUCCGUUUUAUCUCGUGUUUCGGGCUGAAAGAAGCGAAAGACAUGGCUGGCGUGGUGCGCACCCUGAGCCGGUGUCUGCUCCCCGCGGAUCCCGGCCACGAGAGAAGCAACGGGAAGGACGGCGCGCGCGAACGGGACGCGAACCGGGCGCGAGAGGCCAAGCGGCGCAGUCGCGAGAUCGAUGCCAUGCUGGCGCGCGAGAGACGCUCCGUGCGCCGCCUGGUCAAAAUCCUGCUGCUGGGCGCAGGGGAGAGCGGCAAGUCCACGUUUCUCAAGCAGAUGAGGAUUAUUCACGGCCAAGAGUUCGACCAGAAAGCGCUGCUGGAUUUUAGAGACACCAUAUUUGAGAAUAUUAUUAAGGGCAUGAGGGUAUUGGUGGAUGCCCGGGACAAGCUUGGGUUGUGUUUGCAGAACUUGGAAAAUGAGAAACAUGGCAUGUUUGUUAUGUCAUUCGAGAACAAGGCGGGAAUGCCAGUGGAGCCCUGUACCUUCCAGCUGUACGUGCCUGCCCUCCAGGCGCUCUGGGCUGACUCGGGCAUCCAGGCGGCCUAUGGCCGCAGGAGCGAAUUCCAGCUGAGUGAGUCAGUGAAGUAUUUCCUGGACAACUUGGAUCAGAUCGGACAGCUGAAUUAUCUCCCAAGUCUUCAGGACAUCCUCCUGGCCCGCAAGGCCACCAAGGGCAUAGUGGAGCAUGACUUCAUCAUCAAAAAGAUCCCAUUCAAAAUGGUGGAUGUAGGUGGUCAGCGCUCCCAGAGGCAGAAGUGGUUCCAAUGCUUCGACGGCAUCACCUCCAUCCUCUUCAUGGUCUCAUCCAGCGAGUACGACCAGGUGCUGAUGGAGGACCGCCACACAAACCGCCUGGUGGAGUCCAUGAACAUUUUUGAGACCAUCGUCAACAACAAGCUCUUUUCCAACGUCUCCAUAAUCCUGUUUCUCAACAAAAUGGACCUAUUGGUGGAAAAAGUGUCCAAGGUGAGCAUUAGCAAGCACUUCCCCGACUUCCGCGGAGACCCGCAUCGAUUGGAGGAUGUCCAGAACUACCUGGUGCAGUGCUUCAAGCGCAAGCGCCGCAACCGCAGCAAGCCGCUCUUCCACCACUUCACCACGGCCAUCGACACGGAGAACAUCCGCUUCGUCUUCCAUGCCGUCAAAGACACCAUUCUGCAAGAGAACCUGAAAGACAUUAUGCUACAGUGACUGACAAAACUCACCUUCAUGACACACAACAUGACCACUGUAAUUCUCACCACUGCGAGACAAGACUGCUUUCUGCACACCAUGUCUACACUUUCACAUGAACCGAUACAGUAGAUGCACAAGACUGUUGUGCAUUACUGAGUUAUUAUCAGCUGACUGACUCUUGUGUGUGCUUUUGGCCCGGUGAACCACUAUGUAGAUAAGGCAUCUAGGAAGUGUGAUUUGAAACUGUGGUACAUGUAUAUGAGCAUAUUUGAUGGGGAAAAAUGAACAAUGAAAGAUUUUGUGUGUAUGUGCGCAUGAGCAAAAGGAAAUAGACGAGCAGCAAAGAAGGUCUCAUGGCAUCGACUUGCCGAAUCCUCCCAGACUCGAAAAGAUGCAUUGGAGUAAAUGGUCAUACAGUCGAUUAAAUAUAGACCUGUUUUCCCCCAAAUUGCGGCUGAAGACGCUCUCCGAUUCGAAAUGGCUGAAAAGGAAAAGACUUUUGACUAAGUUUGAGCAUCUCUUUACGGUUGUAUUUUGCUUUUUGAUCAAGGAUAAAACUCCAAGCACUUCUGUUACAAGCUAGUUCUUUUACAACUCUACAGUUUCUUCAAUAAGGACCAACCAAAAACUGAUCUUCUGCACUAAUUGAGUUUGAGCCUUUGGUUUUCCAGAUCACUGCAGUUUUAUAUCCGAACCUAAGAUGAUCCUUACUAAAUAUUAUAUUUGAAUUAAGCUGGAGAUGUGUAUAAAUGUGUCAUUUUGUACAUAGGAUUAUUAUUAUUUUUUCUUUUCUAGACACUUUUAACAAUACCACUUAUAUCUCUGGGUCUGGGUCACAAGUACUUUUGAUAGUUGGUGUCAAAUCACUGGUAAUAUAUAUAUAUAAUUUUUUUUCCAAACAUCACUAACUUCCAAUGAUUAAGACACUGGUGAGAGUGUCUUGAGAUUUCUGCACUAUGUGUGUACUUUAUAUUUUGGGAAAAGUUACCCAGUAGGUUUUUGUGUUUUAAUGGUUCAUGCUGUGUAUUGCAUUUUGUCUGACUAAUAUAGAAGAAGACUCGGUCCAAGCAGGAUUCUAGAAAAAAAAAUAGGGGGCUUCUGAUCUCGUAGGAGGUGAAGAGUUUCUCCCACAGCUCUGACCCAAAACAACACUGAUCUCAUUUGACCAGCAGUCUUGUGUUUUACAAAGUUCCAGAGCUCCCCCACUGCUGGAACACUAUGAACUCCCAGGGGGGAUUUACAAACGUUGAGAAAUCAGUAAUGCAGCAGAUUGACUUUUUCCAUGGCUGCCUUUUUUCCCCUCUUCAAGCAGUGCUGAGUCAUGCACUCUGCAGUAACAUAUCACCUCCUCCAAAUAAGGCUUUUACACACAGGUGCUGUUUUGGCGGAGUUUUUUUUUCUUCGGUGUUGUGUACAAGACAUGUCGACACGUCCAUCCCUUCUUUCUGUUGUCCUGGGGGCGAAUUAUUUUGAUCUGAGGAAGACAAUGAGUAUCUGGGAUGCUUUCUCAUCAGUUUGUCUGAAACAAGUUCAGGCUUGACAAACAUUACAACUUUACUCCUGGUCAGAAAUAAGCAGAGUCCAUCUGCCCCUGAUAAAAUGUUCUUGAAGCGGCCGGGAGGGGGUCCGAAACCAUGCUGUUGUUUCAGACGGUUCAAAUUGCCUUCCAUAUCUUCCCAAAAGUAAACAGCUCGCAAAAGCCUUAUUCAUUUUAAUUUACACGUAUUUAUUUUUUUUUACACCGACAUUAUGCCUUCAAGAGAGAAACCUGUUGGAAUGAGGGAUUAUAUAAAUUCAUAACUUUUGGAAAUAAAAUCAGACUAGCAGUUGACACACACACACAGUCCUGUUGUUGAGAACGAGAGGGUAAAAAAUACUUUUAAAGUGUUCAAACUUGUGCUUAUAAUUAAGAAUAAAAUACUUUGUAAAUCGUCAGUGUACUGUGUCAAGAAGCAAAAUAAAAAAAGAAAAGAAAAGGAAAUGCCCUGAGAGUUUGCUCUGAUAAAUAUUCA